UCGCCGCGCGGCAGGCGGCGGCAGUCCGUUGCCGGCCGGCGCGCGAGAGGGUCGUGCACGGUGUGAGUGGUGUUCGGACGCGCGCUCGCGUGCGCUCGCGGGCAUGAGAGCCGCACAGGCGGGCGAGACGUGAGUGAGCCGGGGCGCGAUGCUGUCGCUGUCUGCGCUUACGGGGUACACCAUGGAUUUGGGCGGGCGUCGCUCGCCGGCGGAGGAGUGCGGCCGCGCGCCGGGCGGCGGCGGCGGCGGAGGCCCGUGUGCAGCCCAGCUGUACAGCUACGUGUCGGGCGCGCCCGGCUGGGCGGCGACGGGUGAGCGGAACCUCUAUGCCGGCGGCUACGUGCUGAGCCGGCCGGCAGAGCCGCUGGACGGCGUGCAGUAUCUGUGGAAGAACAUCCCGCCGCGGCUGGCGCCGCCGGGCGCCGAUGAGGAUCUGCUCGACCUCUCUGCGGACUGUGACGACCUCUGGUCGCCGGAUGACCUCGAGUGCGACCCUGCGUGCGGCGCGCCACCGCCGCCGGCGGAGACGCCUCCUGCGCCCGAGGCGGCGCGCGUUAGCGUGAGCGUCGGCCCGUGCAGCCGGACGGCGGAGCCGGAGCGGCGGCCGCUGCACCACAGCGGCGGCGGCCUGAGGCGCGCCGAGGCAGAUUCGCCGCAGCCGGCGCAGCCCCGCAUCGAGAUCGACCUGCCGGCGCGGACGUGCGGCGCCGCCUGCUCGGGCCGCAUCAAGCUGGAGAUCAGCGCGCCGUGCUCGUCCUCGGUCACCGUCAGCGUCAACGGUUGCGGCGCCGGCGAGGCGGCGGCGCCGUGCGGCCCGUGCGCGGCGCCCGCUUCGCCGUGGCCGGCCUCGCCGUCGCGACCCCCGCUGCCGCCCUGCUGCAGCCCGGCGCUGUGGCGGCCGCCGCCGGCCGCCGAGCCCAGCGAGGACGAGAUGGCCGUGCUGGCGCGCGCCACCGGCCACCUCAAGGAGAGUGGCUGGUACUACGGCAUGCUCAGCUGGUGCGAGGCGCAGGAGCUGCUGCACAACGCGGCGCGCGGCACCUUCCUCGCGCGCGACUCGUUCGACCGGCGCUUCCUCUUCGCGCUGACCGUGCAGACGGCGCAGGGGCCGACCAGUGUGCGCGUGCAGUUCUGCUCCGGGCGCUUUCGGCUGGACGCGCCCGCCACGCUGCUGGCAGGCAUGCCCGCCUUCGGGGACGUGAACUCGCUGGUGGAGCACUACGCUCGUCAUGGCCACGUGCUGUACGACCAGAAGAGUCGCCCCGUGCUACGCAUGCGGCUGGGGCGGCCGCUGCUGCGGCGCGUGCCCAGCCUGCAGCACUGCUGCCGACUGGCGCUGAACGCGUCGGCGGCGGACGGCCGGCCGCCGCCGCCGCUGCCGGACCGACUGCGUAGCUACCUCCAGCAGUAUCCGUUCAGUAGAUAGCCGUGCCGUUACCGCCAGUUCCUCAGCAGACCAAAUAUAGCGGUAGAUGGGUCGUGCGUUGCGGCCACUUCUCGUGUACUGUGACAAUACUGAUGAUAUCCCCUGCAUUUUCUAUGAGCCUGACAGAGAAAUAUAAUAUUUUGUAUUAUU